ACAAAAUUGAAGAAGACUGGGAAUACGAAGUCAAAUCCGAGCAAGAGGCAUCGAGAACGCCUGAAUGCUGAAUUGGAGCAUUUGGCCAGUUUACUGCCCUUCGAACAAUCAGUUAUUGUAAAGCUGGAUAAACUCUCCAUUCUUCGUCUGGCAGUUUCAUAUCUUCGGAUGAAGGGAUAUUUUCAAGUCUUCUCAGUGUGUAAGACGGUCGAACAUUACUUGGGCUUUCAUCAAGUACAUGCUCUUUUAUUUGUAAUUGAUUGGACGAAAUGGUCGAGCUCAUAG